AGUGGGCCAGCGCGGGUCGGUCCGGCCGGCUGUUAGAUACCUUUGUCGCCUGGCUCGGAUUUCCUCCGUGUCCCGCGUGAGGUUGGGCUCCGGGUGGAUGGGGGCUGAGCGCAUGCCCUUCUAAGUCUGAGAGCUCAGAGGGAGGACGACGGGAGGGCCUCGGGGUAGGGGGUGCCGGGCGGCCCGGCUAGGGUCGCGCGUGCGUUCCCGGGCCCUUGGGUGGACCAGAGUGGCGGACCCUCAGGCCCUUCCCCCGCGGCGGUCGUCUCCGGCCCGGGCGGAGGAGGGAGUCGCCAUGGAGCCUGGGGGCAGAGGAUUGCUUUCUGAGGACUCACACUUCCUCCAUGCUGAAAACCCAAAAGACAAUGGCAUGACUGCUGUGCUGCUAACCUCUGGGUCACAGGAAUCGAUGAUCAGGGAUAUGGCUGAGGCUCUUACCCAGUGGGGGCAGCUGAACUCUCCUCAGGGAGAUGUGCCUGAGAAGCAUAGGAAUCUGGUCUUGCUGGGGCUUCCAAUUUCCAAGCCUAAUGUAAUCUCUCAGUUGGAGCAUGGGGAGAAGCUGGAGAGAGAUGUCUCAAAAGUAGCCAGUGCAGACUGGGAGAUAGUACCGGAAAACAAGGAGCUAACUCCAGAGAAGGACAUUUCUGAAGAGGAAUCAGCCCAUGGGGUGUUAAUAGAAAGAUUUCCAAAGGAAGGUUCUAGUGAAUGUGAGAAUUCUUUAGUGAGUCAGCAAGAAAACCAUGAGAAACAUUUAAUACAAGAGGUUGUCACUCAGAAGAAAUCAUCUGGGGAGAGAAGUUACCCAUGUGAUGAAUUCAGAAGAAAUUUUAGUCGAAGGUCAUUACUUGUUCGACAGCAAGGAGAGAGACCACAUCCUUGUGAUUCAUUUAAAAAGAACUUAAAACAAAAUUCAGAUAUAAUUAGGCAUGAGAGAAUUUGUGCAGGGAAAAAACCUUGGAAGUGUAAUGAAUGUGAGAAAGCCUUCAGUUACUACUCAGCUUUUGUCUUGCAUCAGAGAAUUCACACAGGAGAAAAACCCUAUGAAUGUAAUGAAUGUGGUAAAGCCUUUAGCCAGAGCAUACACCUUACUCUACACCAGAGGAUUCAUACUGGAGAGAAACCCUAUGAAUGUCAUGAAUGUGGGAAAGCCUUCAGUCACCGUUCAGCCCUUAUUCGGCAUCAUAUAAUUCAUACUGGAGAAAAACCCUAUGAAUGCAAUGAAUGUGGGAAGGCCUUUAAUCAGAGUUCAUACCUCACUCAACAUCAGCGAAUUCAUACUGGAGAGAAACCUUAUGAGUGUAAUGAAUGUGGGAAGGCAUUCAGCCAAAGCACAUUUCUUACCCAACAUCAAGUCAUUCACACUGGAGAGAAACCUUAUAAGUGUAACGAAUGUGGCAAAGCCUUUAGUGAUCGGUCAGGCCUUAUUCAGCACCAGAGAACUCAUACUGGGGAGCGGCCUUAUGAGUGUAAUGAAUGUGGGAAAGCUUUUGGCUACUGUUCAGCCCUGACUCAGCACCAGAGAACUCAUACUGGGGAGAAACCUUAUAAAUGCAAUGACUGCACCAAAGCCUUCAGUGACCGCUCAGCCCUUAUUCGUCAUCAGAGAACGCACACUGGAGAGAAACCUUACAAGUGUAAAGAUUGUGGAAAAGCAUUCAGCCAGAGCUCGUCUCUUACAAAACAUCAGAAAACUCACACUGGAGAAAAGCCCUAUAAGUGUAAGGAAUGUGGAAAAGCCUUCAGCCAGAGUUCAUCCCUUUCUCAACACCAGAAAACUCAUGCUGUAGGGAAAUCCAAGGAAUAUGUACAAGCCUUUAGUGAGCAUAUAGCCUUUGGCCAACAAAAGAGAAUUCAUACUGGAUAAAGAUUAUGUAAAUGUGGUACAUUCAGAACAUAUGUAUUGAGCAUACUGUGGGAGUUACAAGAAAUGUAGGAUUUUGUUACAAAAAGUUACUGAGAAGUCAUUGUUGAUGGGGAACAUAGCUUACUUAGGCUGUGAAAGAGCAGUUUUACAUUUUUUAAAAUGUCUUAGUGGAGGACACUGAAUUUUCUUGAAGAAAGAGGAAAAUUAUUUCUAAAACCCUAAUGUGUAUGUAAACUACCAAAUCCUUGAGAGAGAAAUAGGGUGUGCUAUGGUGGAAAGAGGACAUCUUAACUGGAGCAGGUAGUUUCAUAAUGCUAAGGACAUAAGUUUUAAAGAGAAAAGAAGUCCUCUUAGGGAAAUUGCAGGGAUAGAAAUAAGAUUGAGAAUUCACAGUGAGUUUGUCUAGGAUCAGAAAUGGUGUUAGAAAGGAAGUUGACCUUAAUUAUUAAGUACAAAGGAGGUAUAUGGGAAAGGUAGAAAAAAAGAGCUGAGGAAAUGAACCCAAGAUAUAUUGAUUGAAAUAACUACUCAACUGAAUAUUCACAACCAGGAAAAGUAUUAGACUUGUUAGUUGGUCAGUUACAAAGUUUCUGUGAGGGCAACUUUACCCUGAAGCUAAGGAAUGUUGGCCUGGGAGUCUGCUUUUGUCACCUACUAAGAAUCAUGUUAAUUCUGAGAGUCAGGACCUACAGCUUAGAAAGAGAAAGUAUAGAAGAGAUCUUUGAUGUGUUCAGCAUGUUUUAAGCUGACUGAGUUCCCUGAAAAUAUGCUUAUUUAUAAAAAUUUACCUCACUUGUUUCUAGUUUUACCUUAAAUUUUUUCAUGCUAUAUAGUGAAAUUUAGUUGUGGACUUGCACUGAUGCUGCAUAUUAGGUUGUGAAAAACUUGAAAAAACUUUGAAAUACUUGCCUUUCACCAUUUACUCUUAGGUAGAGACAGAUAACAUCUUUGUGUGUGUGUAUAUAUAUUUUUUUCAUUGAAACUUUGAAUGUUACUACUAGAAACAUUUUGAGUGCAGUGUUUUUAAUUUUCAGAAGCUUCACUAUGAUGUGUCUUGGUGUGGAUUUCUUUUAGUUUAUCCUUUGGUGGGUUUACUGAGCUGCUUCAAUAUGUAGAUUUUAGCAAAUAUGGGAAAAUUUCAGCCAUCAUUUCUUCAAAUACAUUUUUAGCCCCUACCGUCCACCCUGUCUCUCCUUCUAGACUCUAAUGACAGAAAUACUAGAUCUUUGGUUGUGGUCCCAGAAAUUCCUAAGGCUCUGUUCAUUUUUCUAUUUUUAUCUUAGGCCACUUAAUCUGCUGUAGACUGAGUGACUCAAAAAUUUGUUUUCUCACAGUUCUGAAGGGUAGGAAUACCAAGAUCAAUGUGCCAGCUGACUCUGCUUCUACUGAGGGUUCUCUUCCUGGCUUACAGAUGGCUACCUUCUCACUGUCUUCCCAAGCCAUUUCCUUAGGGAGGGACAGAGAAAGAAAGAGAAGGAGGGAGAGAGACAGAGACAUCGCCCUACAAGGCCAAUUCUGUCAAAUUAGGCCUCCACCUGUAUUACCUCAUUUAACCAUAAUUACCUCCUAAAAGCCCUGUCUUCAAAUACAGUCACAUUGGAGGUUAAGGUUUUAACAUAAUGGGGGGGGGACAUAUUUUGUCCAUAGCAUUCCACUACUGGACCCCCACUAAAUUUAUGUCCUUGUAUGAACAAUACAUUCAUUUUAUUCCAACAGCCCCAAAAGUCUUAACUCAUUCUAGCAUCCACUGUAAAGUCCAAAGUUUUAUCUAAAUAUCGCCUAAAUUAGAUAUGAGUGAGAUUCAAGGUAUGACUCAUCCUGAGGCAAAAUUCUUCUCCAGUGAACCUGUGAAACCAAACAAAAUUUUGUGCUUCCAAAAUACAAUUGUGGGACAGGCAUAAUGUAGAUAUUCCCUUCCAAAGGGGAAAAAUAGGAAAGAAGGAGGGGAUGAUGGGACCCAAACAAGUCUGAAACCUAGCAUAGUGGCCUUGUCCCUAUGGCUGUGCCAAGGCUCUGUAGGGCAGUCUGCCCUAAGGUUUCAUUUGGAGGCUGGCUGGCCUGUAGAAGCCAAGGUGAUGGCUCCACCUUUUGAAAUAGGAAGCAAUCUUGACAAUCUCUGAAUUUCUUUCAAGGUCAUUGUUCCCUUUUUCUUGAAGAAUAGCACAUGUUCACAGCCAGAUAGCUUUAUUGUCUGGUCCUAUAGGAUCUAAGAAAUCCUAUGGCCUUCAUUUUUGUUUUGUUAUUUCUUGUUUUAUUUGUUUGUUUGUUUGUUUGUUUGUUUAUUUUCUGUCCCCUUUAGUCCCAUCUGACUGUUUCUCCCUUUUCUAUUCCUGGCUUGUGCUGAGAGGGCUGUUGAAAUCCAUUAGUCACAUCUGUGAUCUCUUAUCAAAUGAUUGUUCAGCCACACUCUUUGUGUUUUCUUCAUAAUAAAUUCUCUCGUAUUUUUGAGAUAUGGAUAGACAGAAUGUUCCAAAUCUCUUAAAUUCUAGUUCCUUUUUUGCUUAAUUCCUUUUUCAAUUCAUCUCUCUCCUCUCACAAUUUAUUAUAAGCAGUAAGGAGGAACCAAGUUGCAUCUUCAAUACUUUCUUUAGAAAUCGCCUCUGCUAAAUAUUCAAUUUCAUCACUCCCAAGUUCUACCUUCCACAAAACACUAGAACGAUUUGGACAAGUUCUUUGCCACUUUAUAACAAGGAUCAUCUUUCCUCCAGUUCCAGUAAUAUUUAGCUCAUUGCCAUCUGAGACCUUGUCAGAGUAGCCUUUAAUAUCUGUAUUUCUAGCAAUGCACUUUAAAACUCUUCCAGCCUCUACCCACUACCCAGUUUCAAAGCUGCUUCCACAUUUUUAGGUAUUUGUUACAGCAGCAUCCCUCUUCUUGGUGCCAAAAUCGUAGUCUUCUUGGUCUGUCAUAAAACAAAUACCAUAUAUUGGGUGGCUCAAACAACAGACAUUUAUUUCUCACAGUUUUAGAGGCUGGAAAUCUAAAAUUGAGGUCCAGCAGGGUUCAGUUCCUAGCUCCUAGAUGGUUGCCUUCUCACUGUGUCCUCACAUGGCAUUUCCUCAGUGUGUGUGUGCAGAGGGAGAGCUCUCUCUUCACCUCAUAAGGGCACCAGUCCUAUCAGAUUGGGAUCCCACUUUUAUGACCUCUUUUAAUCUUAAUUACCUCCUAAGAGCCUAUCUCCAAAUACAGUCACAAUGGGGGUUAGGACUUCAACAUAAUGAAUUUUGGGAGACAUAGUUCAGUCCAUAGCAAUUUUCUCUAUGUUCAGAUUGAGUAUCUUCUAUUGUUCUAUCUUCAAGUUCAUUGGUUCUUCCUUCUGUCCCUUCCAUUCUACUGUUGAGCUUACAAUUGAGUUUUAUUUCAGGUAUUGUAUUUUUCAGUUCUGUUUGGUUCUUUAUUUAUUUAUUUUUUGCCGAGACUUUCUAUUUUAUUGGUUUCAAGCAUGUUUGUAAUUACUCACUGAGGCAUUUUUAUGAUGGCUACUUUAAAGUCUUUGUCAGGUUAUUUUAAUAUCUGUGUUAUCUCAGUGUUGGUAUCUGUGGAUUAUCUUCUCAUUUAAAUUGAGAUUUUUCUUGGCUCUUGGUUUGAUGACUGAUUUUCAAUUGGAAUUUGAACAUUUUAAGUAUUAUGAGACUUAGUAUCCCAUGUAAAUCAUCUGUUUUGGCAGGCCUUCUCUGACACCACUCUAGUGGAGAAAGGGUUGGGGAGUGCUACGUCAUUAAGUUGGUGUUAAAAAUCGAGGUUCAUCAUUGGCCUGUGAUGACACCUUGGGCAGAGGUCCUCAAUACUGUUGAGCUGGGGUGGGCCUAGUGGGGACUAGUCCUCCACUGGUGGCACACUGGCUGGAAGGACUAGGAAUGUCUCAUUACUGCUCCUCACAUGGCCUUUACUAUCCUCAUGGGGUGGGGUGGGGUGACCUUAUUACUAUUGGGCAUUGAUGUAAGUCCUGACCCUCCACUAGGCCUCCAUUGACACCACAUGAGUAAGGAAUGGGAUGUCUUAUCUCUGGGUAGGGUUGAAUGCUUAGUCUCCCCACAUGGUCUUCACUGAUACUGC